AUGGCUUCUAUUUUCCGCCCUUCCACCUUCAACAAGCUCAAACCUCUCCUCCAAGCAAAGGCGACCGCUUUUGGUACCUUUCGACCAAAAUCUCUUAUGGGUCUCCUCCCGCCAACUUUGUUACCAAUGGCUGGCGCGUCUAGAAUGGCUCACGCCAAGGCCCUUCAACAACCAAUCAGAAAUCAAACCCACGUCUCAACCACACUCGCAGCCCACCUUCUCUCCAAGGAACCCGACUCCAAUGUUGUUUUCUCUCCCCUUUCCAUCCAUGCCGCCCUAAGCUUACUAGCCGAGGGUACCAAAGGUCAAACACACAACCAACUCCUUGAUUUCCUCAAAACAAGUACCCGCUAUGACCUUAGCUCGCUUUAUUCGCAACACGUGUCCUCCAUCUUAGCGGACGGUAGCCCCAAUGGCGGACCUCGAUUGUCUUUUGCAAGUGGAGUUUGGGUUGACAAAACCCUUUCUAUCAAAUCUCCUUUCAAACAAGUUGUGGAUAACGUUUAUAAAGCCACUUGCGAACAUGUUGAUUUCCUGAACAAGGCUGGCGAGGUACGCAAAGAAGUGAAUACAUGGGUCGAAAAACAUACAAACAACCUUAUCAAGGAACUUCUUCCUAAUGGUGCAGUUACCAAUCUCACUAGGCUCAUCUUUGCAAAUGCCAUCUACUUCAAGGGAGCAUGGCGUGAGAAGUUUGACCGAUCGAAAACAAAAAAAUCGGUUUUUCACCUCCUUAAUGGCAACAAAGUUCAAGUCCCAUUCAUGACUAGCAAAGAAAACCAAUUCGUGCGCGAAUAUGAUAAUUUCAAAGUACUAGGCCUUCCUUAUUCACGAGGUAAAGAUAAGCGUCAGUUCACAAUGUACUUUUAUCUCCCAAACGCAGAAGACGGGCUUAAAUCUUUAGUAGAGAAAAUGGGUUCCACAUCUAACUUUUUAGACAACCACAUUCCAUACCAAGAAGUAAAAGUCGGACGGUUUUUGAUACCCAAAUUCAAGAUGGGAUUCGGGUUUGAAGCUAGCAAUAUAUUGCAAGAAUUAGGACUUGUAUUGCCUUUCAAUAGUAAAGAUGGUUUGACCGAAAUUGCUGACUCGUCUCUUGGGGAAAAACUUGAUGUUUCGAGCAUUUACCAUGAAGCUCUUGUGGAGGUGAAUGAAGAAGGUACAGAAGCAGCAGCCGUUACAGCUAUGGUGGUGAUUGGUUCAGCCCGGAGGGUACAGAUUCCCAAAAAGGUGGAUUUUGUUGCGGAUCACCCAUUUAUGUUUGUGAUAAGAGAAGAUGUGACCGGGGCUGUGUUGUUUAUGGGACAAGUGACUAACCCGAGUGCGACAAGUGACUAACCCGAGUGCUGGUUGAAACAAUAGUUGAAUUCUCUAGUAUCAUGAAUACAUUGUCUUUUGUUUAUAGUUGGACUCCUUUACAUGAAACCAUUUCUUUUGUGUUUGCCAUUGACUACCAAAAUAGACCUUCAUCAUUGAAUUUUUUAAGUAAA